GAGGGAUUCUACGGCAGCAAUCGGAGUCCUCCUUGGCCCGCCACGCCGAAUCUGUGGAACUGCUCAAGGCAGCCUCUGCAUCCUUCCCGAUGUUCACAGUGCUCGGGGAGGACCUACUCAAAAUGACGUCGGUGAGACCCCACGAAGCUCUGCGGGUGGAUGGUGUCGUGACGGAGUUUGACCCGGCACUUGGCAAAGCUGCCUUCGUCUCGCAUGAAUGGGUUGGCAAACGGCACCCGGAUCCAGACAUGAGGCAGUUCCGGGUGCUCCAAGAUGCGCUGCGGAAUGUUUUGUCUGGCGAGGCAAGGGUCAUGGUGGACAUGCCCACCGAAUUGUCUAUCGGGCUCUCGAAAGCUGCCGAGUCGACCUGCGGACUUGCCAGCGCAGACCGUAUCUUCUUUUGGUAUGACUACUUCUCCUGUCCACAGCUGGAAGGCCAGGAAAAGCCAGGUGUUCCCAUGGAGAAGUCUGCGCUCCGUGAUGCCGUGAAUAGCAUUCCGGCCUACAUCAAGCAGAGCGAUCUCUUUUUGGCCCUCUGUCCAGUGUUGACAAGCAGGGAGUGA